AUGGGGAGACCUCCAUGUUGUGACAAAGCCAAUGUAAAGAAGGGUCCAUGGACCGCAGAGGAAGAUGCAAAGUUAUUGGCCUACACCUCUACACAUGGGACAGGGAAUUGGACCUCUGUUCCCCAAAAAGCAGGAUUGAAGAGAUGCGGAAAGAGCUGCAGACUGCGCUACACGAAUUAUCUGAGGCCCAAUCUGAAGCACGAGGGCUUCACGCCUGCAGAAGAAGAGCACAUUAUCACUUUGCACGCCAUGAUCGGAAGCAGGUGGUCCAUCAUUGCGAACCAACUCCCGGGCCGAACCGACAAUGACAUUAAGAACUACUGGAACACCAAGCUGAGCAAAAAGCUGCGACGAUGCGGGAUCGACCCCGUCACGCACCGCCCGAUCUCUGAGGUUAUGCACAGCAUCAACAAGCUCUCCAACCACCCUGCUCCGCCUUCCUACUCCUCCUCCUCCUCCUCUGGCAAAAGCCGAUCGAUCCUAACCUGCGACCACGAUCGCAUCAGCUGCUUCAACCGCGAUCUCAAGAGCUUGUUCCUAUCGAACCCUACCCCGGAGAGUAGCAUCCCGCCGUCGGAUACGGCACCAAUCUCGAUGCAACCAUCUGCAACAUUACCCCAAGUAGCCACUGAGACAGAAUGGAGUGACUUUCUUAUAGAGAGUGUGAUUGCUGACCACCCCGAAGGGCUUGACUUUGACCACUGUGGUCAACUCUCCAAUUGCGGCGCUUCUUCUUCUACCUGUACUUUCCAGGGACCAAAUUGCAAUAUUGUCCGCAUGGAAGGGCUAAAGAGAGAAAUCGGAUCGACCAACACUGAAGAGUAUGCCUUAAUUAGUGAGGUUAAUAUGUACGAGAAGGUGAAUUCCGUACAAGGAGGUUCGAGCCAGGGUUCGAGCUCGUUCAUAGAUGCGAUGCUGGCUCGGGACAGGGAGAUGGGGUCGGAUCAGUUCCCGGAGCUUCCUUUUGAUGCCUAUAAUUCAUACUAG